CGUGACGUCAUCAGCGGUAUGGGAGCGGGUGAGCCACGCGUUUAGGUCACGUGGCGAGGACAGUGUAUGACCCGACGCAGAAGUGCGCGAGCGUCGUGUGUGUGUGCUCACGGGCGAACAGAGCCUCAGCUAUACUCUAACGGUGCUGGAAAUGUUCACUGUUAAUGGACUGUGACAGCCACGCCGUCGUAAAUUUGAGCAGAAAUUCCUGGAAAGAAUAGUUUACAUGUUGUGACGUGUGCCACGGCGAGAGAAUUUAUACGAGAGUCUGUGUUGGUUUAUCUGGCCGGUCCUCGGGAGGGAUCUUGAGGGCUGCUGUCCACCCGAACGAGUGAUUUUCUACCUAGCAAAGUCAGGUGAUUCGUCUUUCCAUUAUGCUAACGUGAAAGAAAAUACGUUUAACAUUGUCGUGUGUUGAUUCAUAUAAAGAUUACCUGCCUGUGAGAAAAUAAGUACAAGGCCACGUAACAGACUUGGAAUUAUGUGGUUGAGAGUCCAUGACGAUAAUAAGGAGAAAUGCCAGAAUCUUGAAGCAUCUCGCAUUGUACAAGGCUAGAGAUAACUAGUUGGAAAUGACAGCGUGUUUUUAACAGAGAAAUAAAAAUGUUCAAUUCGCGUUCGCCUUAGGAAUGUAGAAUCCUUCUUAGACCCAUCGAGAAAGUUUUGAAGUUGUUCUGGUUUUUCUCGUUGGAGUUUUCGUGCCAUUAUGGACGGGCAUCAGAGCGGCACGAGUGGCACCUUCUCACGUCCGUGCUCUUGAACGUCCCGAAUCAACACAGUUAUCAUGUUAGUUACGAAAGCUAAGGGCUACCACAAGCUGACAGUGUCGUCGGGCGUCAAAGCUAGAAAUCUACGCUUCUUAGUGUCAUAGUGAAAGAGAAUAGAUCGUCCUCUUUUUUUGUAACGAGUCCAGACCUUGAUAGGAACCUUGCCUCGUGAGCGGGAAGUCUCCGCCGCCGCCGCCGCCGCCGCCAUGGGCAACAACGAGACCGUCAUGGGGCCGAUCGUGACCACCGUCGCGACUUUGCUCUACAACCUCACCGACGACGACCCUUCUGCGGCGGCCGUCGCGGGCGCCGUCGGCCUCAACCUGUCGGCUACCGGCAGCUCCGCGACAAGCACGACUCGCGCCGCGACGACCACGCGUCCCACGAGAGCUACGACCGCCGCCUUGACCUCUGCCGCCACCACCGCGCCCUUCCUCACCACGGACCCGCCCCCGGCCUACGACAUCCGGGACAUCAUCCGUCUGGGCGGCGUGGACUACGGCGAGUUCGGCGUCUGCAGCGACUGGCUGCCCAUCAACCACAUCUACUUCCAGCUCGCCAACAUCUUCCUGUUCCUGUCGUACCUGGCGCCCAACGGCAUCUACGGCAUCCUCUACCUGCGCAUCACGCUCACCAUCGGGUGCAUGUUCUUCGCGCUGUGGGGCUGGGUCAUCCUGUGCGCCUUCGACACCUUCCUCUGGAACGCCAUCUUCGUCCUGAUCAACCUCGUCCACGUCAUCGUCAUCUGCUACUACCUGCGCCCCGUCAGGUUCACGCCCGAACUCGAACAGGUCAGUUCCGCCCCGCCGCCCGUUUCAUCUCCC